GAUUAAUGUUGGGGUUCAAUGUGUCAUCAUCAUCCGCUGUACGAGGAGGCUCCUGCGCGAUAAGUUUCAGCACCAGCUCCUACAUUCCUCUUUGACCCAACCUCUUCCCACAACAUGAGAUGUUUUGGUACUUCAACUGGAACUACUCGAUUCAAUGACGCUGUGCCACAGCAACAGCAGAAGAUUACGAGAGGACCCGCCAGAGGGGGUCCUGUUUGGCAUGGGCAACCCUCUCCUCGAUGUAUCUGCUGUUGUUGACAAAGCAUUCCUUGCUAAAUAUGGAGUGAAGUUGAAUAAUGCAGUUUUAGCUGAAGAAAAACACAUGAACAUGUACAAAGAAUUGGCCCAAAAAUCAAGUACAAGUUUUGUGCCUGGAGGUGCAACUCAAAAUUCAAUCAGGAUUGCACAAUGGCUGUUGCAAAAAUCAAAAGCAACAACUUUUGUGGGUGGGAUUGGGAAAGAUGAAUUUGGAGACAAGAUGGAAAGACUUAUUACUUUAGAAGGAGUUAAUGUAGCCUAUCAUGAGGAUCCUAGUGCUGCAACUGGUUCUUGUGCUGUUCUUGUUGUAGGUGAUGAAAGAUCAUUAGUAGCAUAUUUGGCAGCUGCAGGAAUGUACAAAAUUGAGCAUAUGAGAAAAUCAGAAACUUGGGCAUUAGUUGAAAAGGCACAAUAUUUCUACAGUGCUGGAUUUUUUCUUACUGUAUCUCCUGAAUCUUUGAUGCUUGUUGCCAAGCAUGCUGCAGCAACAGGAAAAACCUUUAUGAUGAACUUGUCUGCCUCAUUUGUUUGUGAGCGUUUUAAAGAUCCUCUCAUGGCAGCCUUCCCAUAUGUAGACUACAUGUUUGGGAAUGAGGCAGAGGCCAAGGCAUUUGGAAGGGUGCAAGGGUGGAGUACAACAGAUCUGGGAAGGAUAGCUUUGAAGAUGGCUGCCUUGCCCAAAAUUUGCGGCACCCACAAAAGGAUUGUAGUCAUCACUCAAGGUGUUGAUCCUGUGGUUGUUGCUGAUAAUGGCAAGCUGUUGAUGUUCCCUGUACUGUCAUUGCCCAAGGAGAAGCUGGUGGACACAAAUGCUGCAGGGGAUGCAUUUGUGGGAGGAUUCAUGGCCCAGCUAGUGUUUGGAAAAAACUUGGCAGAAUGCAUCCGAGCUGGAAACUAUGCAGCCAACACUGUCAUCCAACACCUUGGUUGCACUUUCCCAAAAAAACCCAACUUCUCCUAUUAACUUCUUCCCACCAUUUUUAGUAGAUAGAAAACAACAAACACCCCCCCCCCCAUUAUUUAUUGUAAAGUAAGUUAUAAAAUCAGAUGGUGAACAAAAAGCCUAAAACCAACAAGGAAUUCUUGCACUAUCCAGAACUAGAAAUCAUAAUUAUCCAAUAAUUUCACACUAGUAUUCAUACAGCAAGACAUAAUUCUACUACCAAUACAAUUCUUUCUAUUUAUCUAAGAUUUUCUACACUAAUUAAUCCUAAA